AUGGCGAGCCUGGGGCCCACCGGCUCGGGCCCCGCUGUCCCCGGCCCGGCCCAGCUGCGGCCACUGCUGCUGCUACUGGUGGUGGCCGCAAGCGUCCUGCCCGGCGCCGGCGGGACAUGUCCCGAGCGGGCGCUGGAGCGGCGGGAGGAGGAGGCGAACGUCGUGCUCACGGGCACAGUGGAAGAGAUCCUCAACGUGGACCCGGUGCAGCACACGUACUCGUGCAAGGUUCGAGUCUGGCGAUACUUGAAAGGCAAAGAUAUUGUUACCCAGGAGAGCCUACUGGAUGGUGGCAACAAGGUGGUGAUUGGUGGCUUUGGAGACCCCCUUAUUUGUGAUAACCAGGUGUCCACUGGUGAUACCAGGAUCUUCUUUGUGAACCCCGCACCCCCAUACCUGUGGCCAGCCCACAAGAAUGAGCUGAUGCUAAACUCCAGCCUCAUGCGGAUCACCCUUCGGAACCUGGAGGAGGUGGAGCACUGUGUGGAAGAUAAACCUGGGACCCACUUCACACCAGUGCCCCCAACACCUCUGGAUGUGUGCCGGGGGAUGCUGUGUGGCUUCGGUGCCGUAUGUGAGCCAAGUGCAGAAGGCCCGGGCCGAGCCUCCUGUGUGUGCAAGAAGAGUGCCUGCCCCAGUGUGGUGGCACCCGUGUGUGGCUCCGACGCCUCCACCUACAGCAACGAGUGUGAGCUACAGCGGGCACAGUGCAGCCAACAGCGUCGUAUCCGCCUGCUCAGCCGCGGCCCCUGCGGGUCCCGGGACCCCUGCUCCAACGUGACCUGCAGCUUUGGCAGCACCUGUACCCGUUCUGCUGAUGGGCAGACUGCCGUGUGCCUGUGCCCCACCUCCUGCCCAGGGCCCUCUCGGGGCACUGUUUGUGGCAGCGAUGGGGCCGACUACCCUAGUGAGUGCCAGCUCCUGCGCCGUGCCUGUGCCCGCCAGGAGAACCUCUUCAAGAAGUUUGAUGGCCCUUGUGACCCCUGCCAGGGCACCCCUGAUGACUUGAGCCGUAUAUGCCGUGUGAACCCUCGCACACGGCGGCCUGAGAUGCUUCUGCGGCCGGAGAGCUGCCCCUCUCGGCAGGAACCUGUGUGCGGUGACGAUGGCAUCACCUAUGACAGUGACUGUGUGAUGGGCCGUACCGGGGCUGCCCGUGGCAUCCUUCUCCAGAAAGUUCGCUCUGGCCAGUGCCUUCCACGAGACCAGUGCCUGGAGCCCUGCCAGUUCCACGCUGUGUGCCUGUCCCGCCGGGGCCGGCCCCGCUGCUCCUGCGACCGUGUCACAUGUGAUGGUGCCUACAGGCCUGUGUGCACCCAGAAUGGGCACACAUAUGACAAUGAGUGCUGGCUCCACCAAGCUGAGUGUCAACAGCAGCGUGCCAUCCCUGUGAGGCACCGGGGCCCAUGUGGCCAGCCCCCAUCUCCCUGCCGCGGGGUGCAGUGCCCGUUUGGGGCAACAUGCGCGGUGAAGAACGGUGAGGCCGCAUGUGAGUGCCCGCAGGCGUGUCCAGGCGUCUAUGACCCAGUGUGUGGCAGUGAUGGCAUCACGUAUGGCAGUGCAUGCGAGUUGGCAGCCACGGCCUGCGCCCUUGGACGAGAGACUCAUGUGGCACGAAGAGGGCCCUGUGACCGCUGUGGGCAGUGCCACUUUGGGGCCCUGUGUGAGGCCGAGACAGGACGCUGCGUGUGCCCCUCCGAGUGUGUGGCCUCAGCCCAGCCUGUGUGCGGCUCUGAUGGGCGCACCUACGCCAGUGAGUGUGAGCUGCACGUGGCCGCCUGCACCCGCCAGAUCAGCCUUCAUGUGGUUUCAGCUGGACACUGCCAAACCUGUGGCGACAUAGUGUGUGCCUUCGGGGCUGUGUGCUCGGCGGGGCAGUGUGUGUGUCCACAGUGUGAGCACCCCCCACCUGGCCCGGUGUGUGGCAGUGAUGGCAUCACCUACCGCAGUGCAUGCGAGCUCCGCGAGGCAUCCUGCCAGCAGCAGACACACAUCGAAGAGGCCCGGGCAGGGCCCUGUGAGCUGGCUGAGUGCGGUUCAGGAGGCUCUGGCUCCGGGGAGGAUGGUGAGUGUGAGCCUGAGCUUUGCCGACAUCGUGGUGGUGUCUGGGACGAGGACUCAGAGGAUGGGCCGUGCGUCUGCGACUUUAACUGUCAGAGUGUUCUGCGGAGCCCGGUUUGUGGCUCUGAUGGGGUCACCUAUGGCACCGAGUGUGAGCUGAAGAAGGCCAAGUGCGAGUCACAGCGAGAAUUGUACGUUGCAGCUCAGGGAUCCUGCAGAGGUCCUACUGCUGCCCCAUUGCCACCCAUGGCUCCCCUCCACUGUGCCCAGACCCCCUAUGGCUGCUGCCAGGAUAAUAUCACUGCUGCCCGGGGUGUGGGCCUGGCUGGCUGCCCCAGCGUGUGCCAGUGCAACCCGCAUGGUGCCUACGGUGGAUCCUGCGACCCAGCCUCAGGCCAGUGCUCCUGCCGCCCAGGUGUGGGGGGCAUCAAGUGUGACCGCUGUGAGCCCGGCUUCUGGAACUUCCGUGGCAUAGUAACCGACGGCCGAAGCGGCUGUACUCCCUGCAGCUGUGACCCUCAAGGCGCUGUACGGGAUGACUGUGAACAGAUGAGUGGGCUAUGCUCCUGUAAGCCCGGGGUGGCAGGUCCCAAGUGUGGGCAGUGUCCAGACGGCCGGGCCCUGGGCCCCACUGGCUGUGAAGCAGACUCUGCAGCACCUGUGACUUGUGCGGAGAUACGCUGUGAGUUUGGUGCCUCCUGCAUAGAGGAAGCUGGCUCUGCCCACUGUGUGUGCCCGAUGCCCACAUGUUCAGAGGCCAAUGCAACCAAGGUCUGUGGUUCAGAUGGUAUCACCUAUGGUGAUGAAUGUCAGCUGAGGACCAUCGCCUGCCGCCAGGGCCUAGACAUCUCCGUCCAAAGCUUCGGGCCCUGCCAGGACUCCAUUGCUCCCAGCGCCCAACCAACACCUGCAGCCACCUCUGGGCCUGUCUCACAUGGGGCACUGCCAGCGCCCCCUAGUAUCCUCCCCCUGGCUCCUAGCAGUAGACCCCACAGCCAACCCACACCUCAACCCUCAUUGCGACCAUGGACCACAGCCAGCGUGCCUAGGACCACAGGAAGGCUGGCACUGACCGUGCCCCCCACAGCUCCCCCAACGGUGGCCAGCCUGGCCUUUGGUGAAUCAGGCAGUGCCGACGGUGGGAGUGGAGACGAGGACCUGAGUGGGGACCUGGAAGCCAGCGGAGCCGGCUCUGGGGGACUUGAGCUCCUGGAGGAUGGUGGCUCUUUGACCCCUGGACCACCCAUUGAGAGGGCUUCCUGCUACAACUCGCCUCUGGGCUGCUGCUCAGAUGGCACAACAGCCUCGCUGGACGCAGAGGGCUCCAACUGCCCUGCCACCAAGGCGUUCCAGGGUGUGCUGGAGCUUGAAGGAGUUGAGGGGCAGGAGCUGUUCUACACACCCGAGAUGGCUGACCCCAAGUCAGAGCUGUUUGGGGAGACAGCACGGAGUAUUGAGAGUGCGUUGGAUGACCUCUUCCGGAACUCAGAUGUCAAGAAGGACUUCCGGAGUGUGCGCCUGCGGGACCUGGGGCCCGGCAGCUCCGUCCGCGCCAUUGUUGAGGCCCACUUUGACCCCACCACGGCCUUUAGGGCACAAGACGUGGGCCGGGCCUUGCUCAGGCAAAUCCAGGCUUCCCGCCGCAGGGCCCUAGUGGUGAAGCGGCCGCUGCAGGAACAUGUGCGCUUCAUGGACUUCGACUGGUUUCCUGCAAUAUUCACCCCGGGAGCCACCACUGCCAUGGCCGGUGCGACCACCGCUGCCCACCAACCUUCCACCUCCAUGACCCCUCAGGCCCUCUACCCUACACACACAAGCCGGCCACUCAGCAGAACCACAGCUCCCCACACCACCCGCCGACCUCCCACUACUGCCCCAAGCCGUGUGCCUGGACGCCGGCCCCUGCUCCCCAGCACCCUGAGGCCCCUGCGGCCCUGUGACUCGCAGCCCUGUCUUCACGGCGGGACCUGCCAGGACCGGGAUGCCAGCCAGGCCUUCAGCUGCAGCUGCCCUGCGGGCAGGGGGGGCACUGUCUGCGAGAUGGUCCUGCGUCCUGUGGUGCCAGCCUUUGGGGGCCACUCCUUCCUGGUCUUCCCCACACUUCGUGCCUACCACACAUUGCGCCUGGCACUCGAGUUUCGGGCUCUGGAGCCACAGGGGUUGCUGCUCUACAAUGGCAAUGCCCGUGGCAAGGACUUCUUGGCCCUGACUCUGCUGGAAGGCCGUGUGCAGCUCAGGUUCGACACUGGCUCUGGGCCUGCUGUGCUAACCAGCUCAGUGCCCAUUGAGCUGGGCCGCUGGCACCGCCUGGAGCUAUCACGGCACUGGCGCCAGGGGACACUCUCAGUGGACGGCGAGACCCCCGUACUUGGUGAAAGCCCCAGUGGCACCGAUGGCCUCAACCUGGACACAGAUCUCUUUGUGGGUGGUGUCCCUGAGGACCAGGCCACUGUGGUGCUAGAGCGGACCUCAGUCAGCGUUGGCCUGCGGGGCUGCAUCCGCCUGCUGGACAUCAACAACCAGCAGCUGGAGCUGAGUAGUCAGGAGGCUGCAGCCCGCGGUGCUGGUGUGGGCGAGUGUGGGGGAGACCCCUGCUUGCCCAACCCCUGUCACGGUGGUGCCCCAUGCCAGACCCUGGAGGAUGACAUGUUCCUCUGCCAGUGCCCGCCCGGCCGCUUCGGCCGCACCUGCACUGAUGAAAAGAGCCCCUGCCUGCCCAACCCCUGCCAUGGAGCAGCUCCUUGCCAUGUGCUGCCUGAGGGUGGAGCCAAGUGCGAGUGUCCCCUGGGACGUGGAGGCACCCUCUGCCAAACAGUCUUGGAGCGGGAUGACUCCUUGCCCUUUCUGGCCGACUUCAAUGGCUUCUCCUACCUGGAGCUGAAAGGCCUCCAAACCUUCGAACGGGACCUGGGGGAGAAGAUGGCGCUGGAGGUGGUAUUCCUGGCCCGUGGCCCCAAUGGCCUGCUCCUCUACAAUGGGCAGAAAACGGAUGGCCGAGGAGACUUCGUGUCACUGGCGCUACACAGCCGCCACCUGGAGUUCCGAUAUGACCUGGGCAAGGGAGCAGCGGUCAUCAGGAGCAAGGAGCCAGUGGCCCUGGGCACAUGGACCCGGGUCUCAUUGGAGCGCAGCGGCCGCAAGGGUGCACUGCGUGUUGGCGAUGGGCCACGAGUGCUGGGAGAAUCUCCGAAAUCCCGCAAGGUGCCGCACACAGUCCUCAACCUGAAGGAGCCACUCUACGUUGGAGGGGCCCCUGAUUUCAGCAAGCUGGCCCGGGCUGCCGCUGUGUCCACUGGCUUUGAUGGCGCCAUCCAGAUGGUCUCCCUGAAGGGCCGACAGCUGCUGACGGAGGAGAACUUGCUGCGGAUGGUGGAUGUCUCGUCCUUUGCAGACCACCCCUGCACCCGGCCCUCAGGCCACCCCUGCCUCAAUGGGGCCUCCUGUAUCCCACGGGAGGCUGCCUAUGAGUGUCUGUGUCCUGGGGGCUUCUCAGGGCCACACUGCGAGAAGGGGCUGAUCGAGAAGUCAGCAGGGGACCUGGACGCACUGGCCUUUGAUGGGCGGACCUUCAUCGAGUACCUCAACGCUGUGACUGAGAGCGAACUGACCAAUGAGAUCCCAGCCGAGAAAGCGCUGCAAAGCAACCACUUUGAGCUGAGCCUGCGCACGGAGGCCACGCAGGGGCUGGUGCUCUGGAGUGGCAAGGCCACAGAGCGGGCAGACUACAUGGCUUUAGCCAUCGUGGACGGGCACCUGCAGAUGACUUAUGACCUGGGCUCCCAGCCUGUGGUGCUUCGCUCCACUGUACCCGUCAACACCAACCACUGGCUUCGGGUCAAGGCGCACAGGGCACAGAGGGAAGGCUCCCUUCAAGUGGGCAAUGAGGCCCCCGUGACUGGCUCCUCCCCGCUGGGCGCCUCACAGCUAGACACAGAUGGAACCCUGUGGCUGGGGGGCCUGGAGAAGCUGCCCAUAGUCCAGGGGCUGCCCAAGGCCUACAGCACCGGCUUCGUGGGCUGCCUGCGGGAUGUGGUAGUGGGCCAACGCCCACUGCACCUGCUGGAGGAUGCUGUCACCAAGCCCCGGCUGAGGCCGUGCCCCGCCCCCUGA